UUUCCUCCCACUGCAGUGCCCUUUUCCAGGCGGGAUAUAUGCCAUGAAGCUGUAUGAAAGAAACUGCGCGACAAGCAUCCUCUGAGUCGUAAUCUGACGUCUGGACCAUAUGAGAUGAGCUGCACGUGGACAUCUACUCUGAAGUUAAUGGAUUGUCACUCGAUGCUGGUGGGAGAUUAAUUUGACAACUGCAUCCUCGUCAGGCUAUGGUUCAUUUUGGGAAUAUCUGACAUGGCAAGGAUACUGUCCGUCCUCGCGAAAACGAUGCUUUUCAAAAUAGUGGCACUGAUCCUCUUACAAGGUGUCUUCGAUGCCUUGGUCAUUUCCGAGGUCAACCCAGGAGGUCUCCCAAACUCCAGAUGGGUGUCGGGGGGAUCCGCGGGUUUACAGCAGCCUGAGGCAACACAGGCAAAGUCCAGACCCAAGCGCUGCACUUGUUAUUCCUACAAGGAUAAAGAGUGCGUCUACUACUGCCACUUGGAUAUCAUCUGGAUCAACACUCCCGAACGCACCGUGCCAUAUGGAAUGUCGAGCUACAGAGGACCUCAGCGACUCAGACGUGCUGUUGAUGGACGAGCAGCUAAUCAUGAGGAGGCAAAGACACAGCGCUGCGUCUGUGCUUUGCUCGACACAGACCCCGGGUGCCACAAUUUUUGUCUGUCAAGCCUGCAGCAGACAGCCCCAGUCAGGAGUCUCCACAGAUUCCCUGGUCCUGGAUGACAGUUUCACGCCUCUCCAUCUACUUCUCCUCUCUGCGGGCAAAAGGACCCUUCCCGCCUGUUUGGCCCCUUCACUCUCCAUUUGGCGCUCUUGCCUCCACAGGUACACUCACAUUCAAGAAAAGAUCUUUGGAGUUUGACACUGCCGACAUUCCUCAGCAUCACAACGCUUGGAGCAAGUUCCAUCAGGCCGAGUGGUUUAGAGAACUCUUCAGCAAAUUCGAUACAGAUUCCUGGAGGCUAUCCCCUUUUUGUUCCCGCUUGACAGCAGCGUGAGGAUUAUUUUCACCAUAAUAUAAUUGCCAGUGACCUUGCUUCUGACUUACCAAGCAUAGUCAGACAAUCCUCUUAUCCUGUAUUUUACACCUACUAAUAGAGUGUUGUGGAUGUUUGUGAAGAUUCUCAGUCAUCAUGGUUAUCCGAGG